UUACUCAUCAUCUUCGAUUUCCCUGCUCUCUUCUCUCUCUUCGUCUUCCUCUUCCGUCGCUUCUUCCUCGUCUGCCCACCCAUCCCCCUCUUCUUCUUCUUCUUCCUCCUCCUCCUCCUCCCUCUCGUUGCCGCUUUCUUCCUCUGCUUUGCGUUCGUUAAUUAUCCCCUCCUCCCCAUGGAUGUUUGCCUCCUAUCCCUCCACUUCUUCGGUCGUUGAUUCUUUGUCCUUGCCCCCCUCUCUUGUCUCUUCCUCUCCUGACGGGCCUUUAGACCCCUCCUUGUCUCAAGGGAACGGUCGCGGCAGGGCUUAUCCUCCUUCCCCGUCUGCUCCUACAGCACGUCCGCCGCCUGAUGACGCUUGCCCCAAGAACGACACUGCUUGUCGCCGUCCUGCCGCUCUCUACGGUGCUUCUGUACCCCCCGCCGCCGCGAUCCGUCAUCAGCCAUCAACCAAACCUGACCCGUCGGAGGAGGCCGACACGAGGAGGCCAGCAAUCAUAGCCAUAAUAUGCUCGGUGGCGGCGGUGGCCCUCCUUAGCUCCGUCUUCAUUGCCAUUCGAUUGCGCAGCCGACAGCGAGGGCCGUCUUCGGCGACUUCGAGAAAUGGCGGGAAAGUAUUCGACGCGGGACCCGCGCCGCGCCCUGAGAUUCCCGGGAAAACUGGGUGGUUGUCCAUCUCUCUCUUCCGGGCAUUCCGAAAAGAGCAUGGCCCCCGGCCCUUCGAUUGGCAGGAUCAUCCUGCGCUAGCUACGCGGAUCUUGAGUCAAGGGCUCGGUGCCUACAGUUUCCAGUACAAGCCGCAACAGCCGUCCACGCAUGUAGGUGGGGGAGGAGGAGGAGGAGGAGGAGGAGGAGGAGGAGGAGGUAGUCCGUUAGUACCAGGUACAUCACCAGCAGUACCCGCUCCAAUAGCAGAAGCGCCAGAAGCAGCAGCUGCCGGUGGAGGAGGAGGAGGAGGAGAUGCUUCCCCGAUGUCGGCUUUGCGCGGGUCGUCGGGAAUGGCUGGUGUCGGGAAUGGAGGAAGCAUGGGGAGAGGAGAAGACCUGCUGAUUGUUACUCCAUCUCUCGCUUCGUCCCCAUCGAUGUUGUUUGGACCGUCUCCUCCGAAAAUCGCUUGGGCUAUUGUCGGCGACGGAAUCUAUAUGCAGGAGAUCCGCUUCACGCCACGUGGCCCUGGCCCGAAACUCGCUAAACACCGGGAAUACAUUAGGCCCCAAUGUGUCCAGUGCCGCGUGCCCAUCCCCGGUCCUGUCGAGUCCGACGUCUACCCGACCGAUGAGGCAUACUUUGAAGUCACAAUCCGCUCGGCCGGGGUGAUGAACCCGAGUAAAGGAUCCAGUUAUACCGGGGUUAGCGGCGAGAUUGCCGGGUUAAUCGAGAAUUUCCCAUCGCCGCCAAGCUCCUCCAGUUCUGGUGUUCUGGUCAGGAGCAUCUCUUUGGCAGUUGGACUGACGCCGUUGAAGUCAUCCGGAUCGUCGUUGCCAGGCUGCGAGCCCAUGUCCGUUGGAUUCUUCUCCGUCAACGGUCAGAUCAUGGUCAACGGCUCUCCCGUUGACGAUGGCGGCGGCGGCGCGCUCCAUCAUCAGCAAGCCUGGGGAGCCGUUGGCACGACGGUAGGUUGUGGGUUCGAUCCCGUGAUGAGGAAAGUGUUCUUCACCCUGGAUGGAGAGGUGGUCAACGUACUAGAGUCGGUUCUCGCACAAGGACCGGGGUUCGAUGGGCCGUUGUUUCCAACGAUAGGCACGGACGGCGAUGUGACGGUGUUGGUGAACAUGGGACAGCUGUUGUUCAAGUACGGGCCUGCGAAUGAGUACAUACGGAGAGUGCAGAGGGGAGCAUUGGGGGCUGCAGGGGGGGGGAGAUGGCGACAGGGGGGAGGGCAAAGUGGAGAAGGAGGGGGGGCGCAAGGAGAUGGGGCUGGGGAAGAGAGAGCAGUGGGGAGGACGGUGGUGGUUGUCGGAGAUAUGGGUUCGUCGAAGGAGGCGGAGGGGGGAAUAGGCGGGGGAAAGGUCGGAGGGGGGGCGGAAAGUACGAGAGGAGGGCGAGCUGCAGGCGCCGGUACGUGGGUGUUGGGAGAGAGAGAUGGCGUCCACGGGGGUAGAGGGGAUGCGGACGGUGCGGAAGCGGGGAGCAAAUGGCCGGACGUUGUCGUCAAUGAAAUUGAAGGCCCUGCUGUAGACUCCGACAGAGUGGCUCGUAGUAAUCAUCAUCAUCAUCAUCAUCAUCAUUAUCAUUAUAGUCCUCCUCCUCCUCCCUCUCCUCCUCCUCCUCCUCCUCACAAUCAUAACAGCGACGAGCUAGCAGGAGUACCUCGCGCCGGCACUAACUCGACUUGGAAAUUCGAGCCGCUGCUUAAACUGAUGGACGCCUCGCUAGAUGCAGCUGAGGGCUUCUGUCAGAAAGUGCUCUGUGGCAGCAAGGACAAGCAAGAAUGCUUCGUCCCUUGCAAAGUCAGGGUCGAACUCUCGGGGAGACCGCUGAGGACAAUUGGUCUGUCUAGUAUGGGAGUGAUGCGGCAAACAGGUGCGAAAGCAUUUUGUGCAGCAGGGGAAGAAGGUGGCAGGAGGCAUAGAAUGGGGACCCACAGUGUAGUGGAAGGUAAUGGGAGUCGUUGCGAGGUGAUGGGUGUGAUCUCCUGGUUGUGAUCUCCAUCGGCACGUGUCCUCGGACGAGAAGAACAUGGCAGCAUGUUUUUUGUUCCUUGCGAAGUCAGAGUUGGCCCCUCCACAGACUGUUAAGGAUUGCCAUCAACAGCUGCUAUGUCUAAGCGAGUGGUGGGCAGCAAAGACACACAACAUGUGUUGCACUGCAUCCAGGACAGGGUGAAAGAGGCGUAGAACUCAAAUGCGAUCUAGUGGAAGCCAGUGGGAGGUGCCAGGAGCGGCCAAAGCGAUGGGACUUUUGAUCGUGUAUCGAGGGAUUGGGACGCCACGUGCGAGCGAUUCGAGUGGAAACGGAGAAGUGAUGUUGAAUCUGUUGCUCUCCACUGACCCAGGAGAGGCUUGUCAGGACUAGCUGCUAGAAACGGGAUGGACCGGAAACAAGGUGAUGCCCCCCCCCCCCUUGGUACAUCCCCUGCGCGUGAUUGAAGUGGAAAUAAAAAAAAAAGUGAUGUUUAAUCUGUCACUCUCCCUGGCCCUUGUGGCCAAAUAGAGGCUUGUCUGGACUGGGCGCCACAAUUCGAUGGACGGGAAACAAGGUGAUGCUUAAUGCAUCGCCCUCCUUUGUUGUCCUUGUGGGCAAAGAUAAACUCCUCAUGACCGGUUGUUUGUCUUUUCGAUCACCAGGUGGACAGCAAUCGGUAUGCACUUUUCAGUUUGACAGACUCGCUCCUAAGCUCUUUUGUGAAAGAUAGGGCAGGUUGCAGCGCAGCGAUCAUUGCUGAUGUCAAGGUUGCUCUAGUGUCUUGCAGAGUGAUUGUCCACCGGUUACAACAUGCGUCAUUUGACUCACUUCGGCCGUACGACAGGUAUCGUGCUGUUUCCCUGCUGCUCUUCUAUGAUUGUUGUGAGGUUUGAACUUGCGAGUUCAGAGAAGGCAACGAAAGACUCAUGUUGGGGUGUGCCAGCAGCUGCUAUUGGGUAUUGGGAUCGUUGAGCAUUGAUGAUAUAAGACAGCGGGUCGGUUCAACGAUUUUGGUCGCUAGGGUCAACGAUUGUGGUCGCCAGGAGCGUAGUAUGUAUGGAUCAUGUGGCGUUGCUUGCUCGGUCUUCGUUUCGCAUCUACAGCUUGGCGUGCUCGAGAUGCUUCCUGCUAGGACUACUUUUGAGGAGGGGGCAAAUUGCCUGGAGAAAGGUGAUUGCAUGGAGCUUUCUUUAGAGGGGAUUGUUUUCUCGUGUUUUUCAAUGAGGCUGUGGCAUUGUGAUAAGGUGUCUUCUUCACGAGCCUCAGUAGCACUUGUAAAAGCCCUGGCAGUUUGCAUGAAGACCUUUCGCUUCGGUGGUGGGGUGCUUGAACUAGUGAGUGUGUAUGCUUUCCUGACUUUGAGAGAGAGAGAGAGAGAGAGAGAGAGAGAGAGAGAGAGAGAGAGAGAGAGAGAGAGAGAGAGAGGCAUGAGAAGGUGUGCUCAUGGAACUGGCAUCUGCAAACGAUGCAGGCACUUUCACUUGUUGGGUGCAAUAUCGAUGGCAAAGGUCCUCUAGGUGCUACCUGUUCAUUGCGAAGGAACUUUUGCUUCUUUUGCAGGCCUGGUAAUGGGGUACUUGUGGGUUUUAGCAGCUUAGCGAUGU